UUCCCCGCCCCUCCGUGUGGUCCGAACUGGGGCGCGUUUUGCGUUGCGACUGAACGCGAAAAAGAAAAGAGGCUUUUUCGACAGGGAUGUGGGUCAACCCCGAGGAAGUGCUGCUGGCCAACGCGCUCUGGGUGACGGAGAGAGCCAACCCCUACUUCGUGCUGCAGAGGAGGAAAGGGCAUGGAGACGGGUCGGGAGGGGGCCUGGCCGGCUUGCUUGUCGGGACACUUGAUGUUGUGUUGGACUCCAGUGCUCGAGUGGCACCUUAUAGAAUCCUUUAUCAGAGUCCUGAUUCUGUAGUCUAUUGGGCAGUUGCUUGUGGUGGCUCGAGGAAGGAAAUUACUGAACACUGGGAAUGGCUAGAGCAGAAUCUUCUGCAGACACUUUCAAUCUUUGAAAAUGAAAAUGAUAUCACUACAUUUGUAAAGGGUAAAAUACAGGGUAUAAUUGCAGAGUACAAUAAAAAUAAUGAUAUAAAGGAGGAUGACGACACAAAUAAAUUUAAGGAAGCUAUAUUGAAGUUCCGCAAACUAUUUGGGAUGCCGGAAGAAGAGAAGUUGGUUAACUACUAUUCUUGCAGUUAUUGGAAGGGACGGGUUCCUCGACAGGGUUGGAUGUAUCUCAGCAUUAACCACCUUUGCUUUUAUUCGUUUUUGUUGGGUAAAGAAGCCAAGUUAGUGAUCCGAUGGGCAGACAUUGUUCAACUAGAAAAGAAUACCACACUACUCUUUCCUGAAAUGAUCAAAGUGAGCACGAGGUGCAGUGACUAUAUUUUCUCUGUCUUCCUUAAUAUUGGCGAUACAUUUAAAUUGAUGGAACAACUUGCCAACAUUGCCAUGAGGCAACUUCUUGAUAAUGAAGGUUUUGAAGAAGACAAAUCACUCCCAAAAUUGAAGAAGAAAUCUCCCCAAAAAGUGUCUGUUUUAAAACGGGAUCUUGAUGCUAGAGCAAAGAGUGAGAGAUACAGGGCGUUGUUCCGACUACCUAAAGAUGAACGAUUGGAUGGACACACAGACUGCACACUUUGGACACCAUUUAGUAAGAUGCACGUUGUGGGUCAGAUGUUUGUUUCUACCAAUUAUAUCUGCUUCACCAGUAAGGAGGAAAACCUUUGCAGUCUUAUCAUUCCUUUAAGAGAGGUCACAAUAGUGGAAAAAGCCGACAGUUCCAGUGUGCUUCCCAGCCCUUUGUCCAUCAGCACCAAGAACAGGAUGACUUUCUUUUUUGCCAAUCUUAAGGACAGGGACUUUCUGGUGCAAAGAAUUUCAGACUUUCUUCAGCAAACAACAUCAAAAAAUUAUUUUGACAAGGAAAUUGUUGGAAGCAAUAGUUGUGACGAUGAGGUAUUUUCAAGACAAAGCAGCAUAAUUUCAGGCAGUCCACAGAGAAGCCUCAGUUCAACUUCAGACACAGAUGGAGAGCGCCAGUUCAAUCAAAAUGGGAACAGUGUUCCAACAGCCACACAAACGCUUAUGACAAUGUACCGUCGUAGGUCGCCAGAGGAAUUUAAUCCCAAAGUGGCUAAGGAAUUAAUGAAGGAGCAGUCCUGGAAAAUGCACUUUGCAGAAUAUGGCCGUGGAGUGUGCAUGUAUCGUACUGAGAAGACUCAGGAGCUUGUACUGAAAGGAAUUCCAGAGAGAAUGAGGGGUGAACUCUGGCUGCUGUUCUCAGGAGCCAUAAAUGAAAUGGCUACCCACCCUGGAUACUACUCUGAGUUGGUGGAGAAAUCAAUGGGAAAGUAUAAUCUUGCUACAGAAGAAAUCGAGAGGGACUUGCACCGUUCACUGCCUGAGCACCCUGCAUUCCAGAAUGAGAUGGGGAUUGGUGCUCUCAGAAGAGUCCUCACUGCAUAUGCUUUCCGAAACCCCAACAUAGGAUAUUGCCAAGCAAUGAACAUUGUCACCUCAGUACUGCUACUAUAUGCAAAAGAGGAAGAAGCAUUCUGGUUGCUGGUUGCACUCUGUGAACGGAUGCUGCCAGAUUACUACAACACUAGAGUGGUUGGAGCAUUGGUAGAUCAAGGUGUGUUUGAGGAGCUUACGCGGGAUUAUGUACCUCAGCUCUAUGACUGUAUGCAAGAUUUGGGUGUCAUCUCCACGAUCUCGCUCUCCUGGUUCCUCACUAUCUUCCUCAGUGUAAUGCCUUUUGAAAGUGCUGUAGUUGUUGUGGACUGUUUCUUUUUCGAGGGAAUCAAAGUGAUCUUUCAACUUGCUCUUGCUGUACUGGAUGCUAACAUUCACAAGCUUUUGUAUUGUAAGGAUGAUGGAGAAGCCAUGACUAUACUUGGAAAAUAUUUGGACAGUGUGACAAACAAGGACAGCACAUUACCACCGAUCCCUCAUCUACAUUCUCUUCUCAGUGAUGACGGAGAUCCAUACCCUGAGGUUGAUAUUUUCAAAAUAAUCAAAACCUCCUAUGAUAAAUUUGGUACCAUCAGAGCCGAUGUGAUUGAACAGAUGCGUUUUAAACAGCGACUAAGAGUGAUUCAGACUCUCGAAGAUACCACAAAACGCAAUGUGGUUCGAGCUAUUGUGACAGACACUGCAUUCACCAUAGAUGAGCUGGAAGAACUUUAUGUCCUUUUUAAAGCAGAGCAUCUCACCAGUUGCUAUUGGGGUGGAAACAGUAAUGCUACUGAAAGGCAUGAUCCUAGUCUGCCUUAUCUUGAACAGUACCGCAUUGAUUUUGAACAGUUCAAGGAAUUGUUUGGACUUCUUUUUCCCUGGUCGUGUGGUGCCCAUUCGGAUGUAUUAGCUGGCCGCUUAUUUCGACUACUCGAUGAGAACGGAGACUCUCUCAUCAACUUCAAAGAAUUUGUUACAGGAUUAAGUACAAUGUGUCAUGGAGAUCUUGUGGAAAAGCUGAAACUGCUGUAUAAAGUGCACGUACUUCCUGAGCCAGUUUUUCCUGACCAUGGAGACCCUGACUCAGCAUUUGAAGCUACCCAAUACUUCUUUGAAGAUAUGACACCAGAAACUGUUCACGUUACAGAAAUGGAAUCAAAGUCUAAAGGUGAAACAGAAGAUGGCUUUGUCACUGUAAAUCUCAGAAACGAAAAAGCAGAGAAGAGGCCAAACUCGCAUGAUUAUCGGCAUUACAUCAGGAUGUGGGCACAAGAAAGGGAGACCAAGUUACAAAAUAUCAAAGACCUGCCGAAACUGAAUCAAGAACAGUUCAUUGAACUAUGUCGGACACUGUACAACAUGUUCAGUGAAGAUGCAAAUGAACAAGAACUGUAUCAUGCGACUGCAGCUGUAACUAGUUUACUGCUGGAGAUUGGGGAAGUGGGAAAACAGUUCAUCUGUCAAUCAUCCCAAGAACCAGGAAGCAGUCAUGAGAUUAAAAGGAAAAUGUACCAGAAAAAGGAGAAUGAGUCAUUACAUUGUGGACAGGGUGAUUCCUUCUGUCCCAUCCUAAGUGAAGUGGAUGGUGGAAAGAAGGCUUGCAGUGAGAUGCAUGAUAUUAAAUUGGAUGACAGUUCACCAAAAGACAAUGGAGUAGCUUCAGUGAUGCUGAUUUCAGAUGAUGAGACUAAAGAUGAUACUUCAAUGUCCUCAUACUCAGUGCUGAGUGCUGAAUCUAGUGAGGAUGAUAAAUUACAGUGUGAGGAUAUCACAGAGGACACAGUGCUGGUGUGCAAUAACCAUGAGACCCCUCUUCCAAAGAGUGGUAGCAUUGACAAAGCCUGGGCUAUCACCUUUGAGCAGUGUUUGGCUUCCGUUCUAACAGAGACAGCACUGGUCAGACACUUUGAGAAACCUUCUGUAAUGAUGGCUGUAAUUACAAAUGCUAAGAAUAUCAGAAUGAUGGGAAAACCGAUCAUCUCGGCAAGUGACUACGAGAUCUCCACAAUCUCAGGAUGAAGAGGGUGUUGCUGUACAGUCAGUAGAUUGUGUGAACUGAAGUCCUAUAACUCUUGACAUCAUAUAGGCCAAUAUAAUGUUUAGUAAACUAUUUGUGUACAUUAGUUUCAGAAAACUGUCUCCUGUAACGUAUCUCUUAGUACUGUAAAUUAUAAGCAACAUUUAAAAUGGGUGAAUAUUUUCCACCUAAUGUGCCCCCUGUUGCAUAUUACUGAGCAUAUCAAUUUAAUUAAGACUAUUACUCUAUAGAAACCUGGAGCACCUGCACUUUGAUUCUGUUUCUUUGUAAACCAGUUCAACUAUGUCUCUUUUGUUAUUAAUCAUUUGUGGCCAGUGAUUUACUGUGACGACUUUGACUUUAUUUAUAUAUUGACCAAUGUCUCUCUUACUGAAACCAUUCCUGGAAAUUUCAUUUUUAUACUAGAUGCAGAACCAAUGCAACUUCUAACUUUUGUUUCCAAACUGAAGCUGCUGUUUUGAAUUGGUUUCUUUUCCUUUUUUAAAGAUUCUUAGGGAUGUUGCUGUUACCCUUAAGAUGAAAAAAAUGGUGUAUAGAAUAAAAUUCAUUCCCCAUAUACAAA